GAGCGCCGCGAGGAGGGCUUAGGAGACCCAGGCCCCGCUCGAGGGUCGCCCCUAGGAAAAGCGGGACUUUGGGAGGGGCCGUUUUCUGCCCCUCUCCUCCAGCUUCGCCCCAAAGAAAGAUUCUAACCCCCUCCAGACCCAAAUGCCACUGUCCUCGACAAUCACUGUCAGGGAGAAAGGGCGACCACCGGGGGUGAUUUCAGCCACAGCCCCAUCCUCUCUGAUUCCUGGUCCGGGUCGGUCGUCAUGGUAACCCUUCCGCAUCCUGGAUCCCUCCCGCUUUGUGGUUAUGAAGCCCCAAACUUGUCCUGUCCCUGGACUCCCUGGACGAGGGAAAGGUUGCUAAGCAGUGCAGCUGAGCUGGGCUGGACCCGCCCACCAGGAGCUCCCACAGCGGUCUCGGAGGAUGCCCCGGAGGCCCAGCUAGGGCCUGACUUUGGCCCCAUGCGGCUCACCCGCUGCCAGGCUGCCCUGGCAGCCGCCAUCACGCUCAACCUCCUGGUCCUCUUCUAUGUCUCGUGGCUACAGCACCAGCCCAGGAACUCCCGGGCCCGUGGUCCCCGCCGUGGAGCUGCUGCCGGCCCCCGCGUCACCGUCGUGGUGCGCGAGUUCGAGGCCUUUGACAAUGCUGUGCCAGAGCUGGUGGACUCCUUCCUGCAGCAGGACGCAGCCCAGCCGGUGGUGGUGGCCGCCGACACGCUCCCCUACCCUCCCUUGGCCCUGCCCCGGGUUCCCAACGUCCGCCUGGCGAUACUCCAGCCCGCCCUGGACCGGCCCGCCGCGGCCUCGCGCCCCGAGACCUACGUGGCCACCGAAUUCGUAGCGCUGGUGCCCGACGGGGCGAGGGCCGAGGUACCGGGCCAGCUAGAGCACAUGGUGGACGUGCUUCAGGCCGGAGGCGCACGCCUGGUGGCCGCCCCCGUCGCCUCCGCCAACCCGGCGCGGUGCCUGGCCCUGAACGUCAGCCUGCGGGAGUGGACCGCUCGCUACGGUCCCUCCCCCGCGGCGCCCCACGUGGUGGGCGUGCUGGAGGCGGCGGGCGUGCGCUACUGGCUGGAGGGCGGCUCGCUGCUGGGAGCCGCCCGCCACGGGGACAUCAUCCCCUGGGACUACGACGUGGACCUGGGCAUCUACCUGGAGGACGUGGGCAACUGCGAGCAGCUGCGCGGGGCCGAGGCGGGCUCGGUGGUGGACGAGCGCGGCUUUGUGUGGGAGAAGGCGGUCGAGGGCGACUUCUUCCGCGUGCAGUAUAGCGAGAGCAACCACCUGCACGUGGACCUGUGGCCUUUCUACCCCCGCAACGGGGUCAUGACCAAGGACACGUGGCUGGACCACCGGCAGGACGUCGAGUUCCCCGAACACUUCCUGCAGCCCCUCGUGCCCCUGCACUUUGCCGGCUUCGUGGCGCAGGCGCCUAACAACUACCGUCGCUUCCUGGAGCUCAAGUUUGGCCCCGGGGUCAUCGAGAACCCCGAGUACCCCAACCCGGCGCUCCUGAGUUUGGCGGGAAGUGGCUGAAGGCUCAGCGCCCGCUCCUGGGGUCAGGAGGGCAGACAUGUGGUGGGCGGGCCGCGGGUGCCAGGCUGCCCUGCAAGGCCCAGCACCGGCCCGGACUUCAAAGAUACUGCCCGAGACUCCCAGGAGCGUGGGCUUUAUUUACAGCACGGACAGUUUUUGUAAAGAGGAAAACGGUUGGGUUCUGGGCUGGACUAGCGCGACUAAAACCCCAGCUCUACCACUUGCGACUUAGGUGGGACCGAGCGAUUGUCCCAAUUUUUCUGUGCUUCAGUUUCUUCCAGGAUCCAGUGAGCACCCUCAGGGUCUAGCUCAGUCUGUCGGACGCUUGCUUGCUGGGCUCGCUUCCGCCACUAGAGGGCGCCGUUGUCCUGCUGUGGGGCCAAGGCGGCGGGAAGCCUGGCGUCUCCGUUGUUCUGUAGCUGCCCUGCCUCUUCUGGCUUUGGUCUCUCCAGUCCCCGUAUCUUGCAAGACAGGAUAGCUGUCUCCCUUCGGGAGCCCCGUGAGGGGCACGCUGCUCUUGACCUCACCUUACAGAGGAGGAAGCAGGCUCAGCCCUGAGCUGCAGCUAUGGUUAAGAACCGGGUCCUGGAUGCCCGCCCCACGCCAUGUUAACGGUGUUACCUCGUUUUUUUAGCUCGCUGCAAAGCGGGAUAAACAGUAAUCACAGCCACACAUACUGUGUGCUCAGUAUUUCACACAAGGUUAACUGAUUUAUGUCUCACCUCAACCCCCUGAGAGCUGCUAUUAUUACCACUUUGCAGGUGAGCAAACCGAGGCUAGAACGGUAACGUCAUUUGCCCAAGGUCACACAGCUUGGGAAGUGACAGCGCAGGGACUUGAGCCCAGGCAGCCCAUCUGGAGCCCACACUGAAGUUGGACACCAUGCCCCUCUCUCCUAAAGGUGCCGGAGGGGCGAUCCGGGGAGGCCGUGCUGCUCUGCCUCUCUGAAACUCCACUUUACACCUCAAAAAUAGGCAUGAUGAAAGUUUACCCCACAGGGGUACACUGAGGCACUUGAGUGGUAAAGGGGUCGCGAAUCAAGGUUGGCUCCUGGCUCGGCCACUUAUUUUCUUUGCCAACUUAGGCAAGUCACUGUCUCCCCGAACCUAUAGAUGGGGGGGCGGGGUUGGUGUCCUUGCAGAAAUGUGAAGCCCUUGGAGGAAGAGACUUCACAGACCAGCAAGAGAGAAGACAAAUGCAAAUUUGGCCCAAUCUCCUGAGGCUCAGCCCUCUGAGGCCUGACUUCUUAGCACAUAUUCUCUGUGUUUAGCCACUGGACCCGCAAACGACUCCCAGACUGUUGGGUUUCCAUGGAGCACUUGGGAAACAUCCGGGGAAUGAUUCGGGGUGACCGCGUGGUGCUCUUAGCUCUUGGGAGCCCCGGCCCAGGGACAGAGAUGUUUCCUCAUAUGCAGGCCGUCUCCACCUAAUAAAACAUCGUCCCUUGUCACAUGCGGUUUGGGAAUGUCCCAUGGGGCAUUCAUGUGUGAUGUUCAGAAUCUUUUGUAACAGGUUCAGUAAUAUAUAAAUUAAUAUAUGAGUCAAUAUAUGCAUCUGAGUAUUUAAAUAUUUCUUUUUUAUUCUCUAAAGAAUGGAAAUGAUCUCUCUAUAUAGAAUACAUAUUUCUUUAAAUUGUUUGCCAAAGACGUAAGCUGAAGCUCAAAUGGUUCUUAAAUCAUUACAAUGAUUCUGUUUUAUUUAGAAACUUA